UAAUCUGCUUCUCGCAUGAUCCCGCGGCCAUCUUGGAAAGAGGCGGAAGUGAGCUGCCUUUCAGGGCCCCCCAGCCAGCGGCCAUAUUGGAAGCGGGCGGAAGUGGAAGGCUAUUUCUCUCUGCCCCGUCUUCCUUUUCCCCCAACCCGGGAGGGCGGAAUUGGUCCUGAUCCCGCGGCGGGAGGAAGGGGACGGACUCAGAGGCCGGACUACAAAUCCCAUGGUGCACUGCGGCGCCCGGCGGAAGUGGACUGUACCGGAAGCCGGGUCGAGAGGUCGCAUGCACGGAGUAGGGCGGGGCUCAGCGCCGGAGCAGCGCGGAGCGAUCUCAGCAAGUCCAUGGCGGCGCGGCAGAAACUGGAGGCACAGUUGACUGAGAACAACAUUGUCAAGGAGGAGCUGGGGCUGCUGGAUGCCACCAACACCGUCUACAAGCUGAUUGGCCCGGUGCUGGUGAAACAGGACAUGGACGAGGCUAAAGCCACCGUCAGCAAGCGGCUGGACUAUAUUGCUGGGGAGAUGUACGUGUGUGGGGGGAAGGGGGGGUUUCCUGUGUGGGGGUCUGGCUCCCCUGCCCCUCCAGCCCCCAGGCAGGGGCCCUGGCUGGCUCACAGGAUGGGAAAUGGGCCUUUCCCCAAUNCAGCCCCACGGUGGGCAGGGGCCUGAGCUCUGGGGCCUCUUGUUUUCGGGGCUGGGGGGAGGGUUCUAGGCCCGGCUCACUCUCCCCUUUCCCCCCCAGCAAGCGCUACGAGCUGCAGAUGCAGGAGUCGGAG